UGAAGGUGGGGAGUUAUCACACAAGUGGGAGCCAGUAGCAGUUAGUUAGAGUGGAGCCACUUACCUGGGUACACCUCAAACACUGACUACACCACCAGCCACCUCUUCACCGUGUAGCAUAUAAACCAGUGGUGAAGCCAGAAUACGCUACACUACUAUGCAUCCCAGGGCAGGGAUUGUGUUCCUGUGUAUGACAGAGGUCAUACUGUGUGCUAGUGAGGCAGCAAGGAACUGGCCUCAUAGCACACAUCCUAAACACUAUCAUCCUCAACAAAGAGCUGACUUACAUAGUAGAAGGUACCAAAUACCUUCGCCAAAUCCUUUCUUAAGGCCAAGAUUAAGCAUACCAGGAACACAAAAUGUUCCUCAGUCAUGGCCUCAUAAUAGACACAAGCUUCAAUAUCUCCCUAGGCAAGAUUUUCACAUACAUGGGAUGAAUCUAACAAGAGCACAAAAUCGUCCCCAUAACUGGCAAAUGAUGCAGGUUCUUCCCAACAUUACUCAAAAGAUUCAGACUCUUCCUAACUAUGAUCCAAAGGUUCAAAUACUUCCUAAGAAUCAGCAUAAGAUUCAGGUUCUUCCUAACAAUCUGCCAAAUAUUCAGCAUCUUCCAUCACACACAUACCAAAGAACCCAAGUUCCAAAUUAUAAACAUUUUAACAAAUCAGAUGUGCUAAGGAUGCAAGAAAGUCCUACUGUUAAACAUUUAUCAACUGUUUUGCAAAGUACACCAAGCAAGACUCUGCCUUCAACAAGGAACAAUGUCAAACAUCUGGAAAGCCAAAACAUAACUCUACGCCUAACAAAACUAAGCACACCAGAGAGAAUAGGGAAGCAGUGGGUACUGCCUCGCACACUGGUAGGGGCCUACAGGACUACCCAGAGAAACACCAGACGACGGUGGUGGCGCAGAGGACGAACCAAUACCACCCGGCCCAGUUGUCCAGAUGGUAAAGUAUGGCGGCGAGGGCAGUGCGUGUGUCCCUACCUCUCCAACUGGGAUGAAAAUGAAGGGAAAUGCAUAUGUAUCUAUGGCACAUACAAAGAUUCAAAUGGAAAUUGUCGCAAUUUCUAACACCACAGUAUCCUUCUCGAGUUGUUGGAUACCCACUGGUUGUCAUAGGCUUAAACUAUUGAUUGAUUUAUCUAUUUCCCUAACCCUCUCCCUCUCCCUUUCAUUCUUUGUCCCCACCCAAAAGCCUUUCUCCUCUGUCUAAUUUGGUCUGGCCAAUAAGUAGAAAGGUGACUGUGUAGGGUACAGCCUCACUCAUAUGAUCAAAAUAUUGUAUCUAGCAAUUAGCAAAACUAUACCAGUAGCAUACAUUAUUAUAAUCAAUACUAAGUGUUAAACUCACUAUGGUCAUACAGUGCUGCUCAGAAGCAUACAAAUUUGCAUGAUAUUCACAUCUAAUUAAAGUACAUUAGUCUAAUCAGAGCAAAUGCUUUAACAUCUCAGGAAAUCCACAUAAAAAGUUCUUAAUAGUAUUGAAAACACCUAAUGUACCAUAAUAUGUAAUAUGAUACUUAGUGAAACAAACCACGGAACAGGUGGGAUUUGAACCCAUGGUGAGCAAAUAAUACAACUCCAAGCCAGUACGUAACCUGCAGUUUUACGAUUCACUUGCCAUGGGUUCAAACCUUACCUGUUUCGUGGUUUGUUUGUAAUCGUGUCAUUACGAUUUUGUGAGCAUGAUACUUGGUGAAUGAUACUAAGGUAAUAUUCCUGGAAUAAAUCACAAAUACUAAAACAAACCAAUAAAUUCUUGUCAGCUAAAUAUAAAUAUGUGUGAUUGUGCUUUUUUUCUUCUUGCCAGAUUGCAAACAAUCUGGCAAGAAGCUAAGAGCAAUGCUAAUUUUGUGAGAACCAUAAUACAACUCUUGGAGAGUGAAAGCAACAACCUGACAGGACAGACUGGGCCACAAUCAAGCCUCCACUACUCCUUGUGCUGAAUGACACACAAUGAUUGAGACCUUCAUAAAAUACAAACAAUUUCUGUUUAUUAUUUGAACAACGCAGUCAAAUUUAUCAAACUUUGUGAACUGAAAAAUAUUUAGCUUAUUCUAACCUAGCAAUAUGGAAAUUCAUAUUUAAUUAGUACAGGAAACUAUAAUUUCCAUCUUUGCAAGCAAAAAAUGAAUCUAUUCAA